CAACAUAUCUGCAUCACCCAUACUCGUUCACUCGCUCACACAAUGGCACCCCGCCCAACAGACAGCCCAGAUGUCAAGGCCUCCAAGGCGCUCUCUUACAUCCUGCGCCACGGCGCCGAGAAGGAGGGCCUGUACAUUCGCUCAGACGGCCUGGUCAAGCUCAAGGCGGUCCUCGCCCGGCCUCGGAUGAAGGAGAUUGGCCAGGCGACCGUGUUCCGCCUCGUCGAGGAGAACGCCAAGAAGCGCUUCGAGCUCUCGUUCGGAUACGACCCGUCACCGCCCAAGCCCAAGAAGAAGCCCGUGCCCAAGAAGAAGAAGGUUGUGCCCGGCGCCCCGGUGGACGCCGUCGCCGAGCAGCUCGCCAAGGCCGCUGUCUCUGAGCCUGCGCCAGAACCAGAGUGGACCGAGCUCCCGUUCGUAUCGCUCCCCGCGCCUGGGGAGGGCGAGCCGUCCGAGCCCCGCGGCGAGUGGUGGAUCCGCGCCACCCAGGGCCACUCUAUCGCGCUCGAGGGAACAGGACACCUCGAGCCUGUGGUGGUUGACGACGCGGCCACCCGCGAGCGCGUUGGGCUCAUGGUGCACGGCACACGGUGGGAGCUGUACGAGACAUUGAAGCAGCAAGGCUUGUCCAAGAUGAACAGGCAGCAUGUCCACCUCGCCCCCGCGCUCAAGGACCACCGUAUCUUGCCACGGAAUGGCUCCACCCUCCUCAUCUACCUCAACCUCCCCGCCAUGCUCGCCGCCAACCCCCCGAUCCCCGUCUUCACAGCUGCCAACGGCGUUGUCCUCACCCCCGGAGACGCCGACGGCAUCGUCAAGAAGGAGUACUGGCUCAAGGCUGUCCACGUGACCAAGGGCAAGCACUACGUCGUGUGGGCUGACGGCAAAGAUGUUGUCGGCGAGGUCGAGGACAAGUAGACUGUACACUUCACAUUUGCAUUCCUAACCUAC